AUGGUCAGGUUAGAAUUACACAUAGUGAGAACUUACUUUACCUCUUCCAUUCCACUAAGGCAAAAAGCUGUGAAGAUUCUGAACGAAGAACUGGUGCAAGAAAUACCCGCAAUAUCCCCAUCUCCUAAUCCGCCAAUGUUUCUUCAAAAAGAUGGCUUCCAAUACGUUGCACCUUAUACCAAGCUAACAUACUUCACUAUCGAUAAACUUAAAAGUAAGAAUACAUACACAGUACUAGAGUAUUUACAAAAGAAUUUUAUAGGUAGAAACGUGGAUUUCUUCAAGAAACAAAUUGAAGAAGGAAAGUUAUGGGUAGAAAGGCCAAUACCGAUGAGGGUUUGUGCAAAGACCAAUGGGCUGAAAAUCUCUAAGAAGGCUCACAAAUCUUUGAAGAAGAAUUCUGUUGUUGAAUUCGUCACCAUCAAAGGGGAGGAUUUGAAAGAUUUUAAGUUGAAAAAAUCUGAUGUAAUUGCCAAUUAUGCAUGUAUACACGAACUUAAAAUCCCCCACAUCGAAUCAUUCGAUAUUAUCCAUGAAAGUAAGGAUCUAUUGGUGGUUAACAAGCCUUCAGGUAUUCCCGUUCAUCCUAGUGGUAUGUCGUAUCGGUUCAACACCUUACAAUUUUUACUUUCUAAGAAGAGAUGUAGCCCCGGUAAGUCUUUGUACAAUCCAGAAACGUUGGAAAUUUUUCCAAGUUUGUGGCCUUGUCAUCGGAUUGAUAAGGAGACGUCUGGGAUAGUCAUAUUUGCCAAAAACAAAGUUAAAUGUGGUGAAAUCUCAAAGUUAAUUGAAACUAAAGAAAAUAUAACCAAAAGAUAUCUCAUACAUGUCCAUGGAAAAUUUGGAAAUGAGGUAAAGACUUGUGAAGAUCCAAUAGUUGAUGUUGAUGUUUGUAAAAAGUAUGAGAAUGGUGGAGUAAGUAGAAUCCAGCAUGCCAAGUCCACCUUCAAGUUUGUUUACUACGACGCUAAGACAGACACAAGUAUUUUAUUAGGAGAGAUAUUCACUGGAAGAAAACAUCAGAUUCGUCAGCAUUUGAGGAAUGAGGGCUUUCAUAUAGUGAAUGAUCCAUUAUAUGGAGUGAUGGGUAUUUUAAAAGACAAAAUGACUGGGCUACCCAAUAGAGACCAGUUUAACGCUUUGAGAGGUGAAUAUAUAAAAAAGAUGGAGGAGAGGAUGAGCAAGUUUAAAAAGGAAAGCAGAUGCUUAAAUUGCAAUCAUAUCAACUAUUUUGAUGACAAUUUUCGUGCUGAUAGUUAUAUGCAUCUACAUGCUUGGGAAUAUACUUAUACAAGUGAAGAGACUCCCAAGCUUUCCUGGUCUUUUAUUACGUCCCCACCAUCCUGGAUCACGAAUAUAGUCCCGCCAAAUUUACUGGAGUCACUAGGCAAUAGGAGAUGUUGA